GCAAUAAUGAAAUAUUAACCAAUUCAUCUCGAACUUCAUUGCAGCCAAAAUUAAUAACUUUAAAUAUCUUAACUACAUCAUCACAAUCAACCACCUCGGCACAAGCAACAAAAUUAAACGUCUUAUUAGAGUCAAACUCUUUACCUAAAAAAAGAAAGCUGCUAACCAAUAAUAAAUCACAACUUGAGCAUCUUUCUAGAGGCUAUGCGAAACUCGAAUAUCUUAUAAACAAACAACGAUUACAGCUUAAAAAUAUUCUUAAAAAGUUGGAUGACAUUGGGGAAAUAUAUAAUUCUGUUGAGAUUAAAAGUAAAGAAAAAAAGGCAUCAAAGAAAACAGCAGAUUAUUUGUUUCAAGAAGCAAUUAGACAACUUUCAUCUGAAUUAUUUCAUAAGUAUAAGCAAAUAAGUGACAAAGAGAUGAAAAAGCAGCUCAAAAAUAAGUUAAAAAAUGACAAAGAUUGUGCUAAGCAAUUACAAUAUGAAUAUACUCAUGCUAAUGCUAUUUGGACACAGGCCAUUCUUGAACUUAUUUUUGAUGAAAAUUAUCUUUCGACGAAACUUGACUCUGACGUUGUUGAUACGUGGUACCAAAAACUUUUAAAGAAAGCAAAUGAUAUA